GUAUUGCAAAACAACUGGUGUAUCCACAACUGUAGUAUCCACAACYUUAGUAUCCACAACCUGGGCAUCCAGAACUUGAACAGCCACAACUUCCCCCCUCGCCAUGAGAUUACCAAAAGCGUCCCAGAGUACUUCCGAAGUGUCGGACAGGAGUUCUCUCAGGUUUCAUCUGAAUGGUAACAUAUAUCCUGCGUUGGUCAUCACGUGCCUAGUCCUUCGUUUUGCGGUUCUAAACUUUGAGUCGGGGUUGUCGGAGUACUCGAGAGCCGCCUCGAAUGUAGUGAAGUUCGACGAUCGAAACACCACCCACGGACCACCUGUCUCUUCCCGGCAUAUUUACCGAUCCGCCAAUGMCACCGCGUACACAUGGCAAGGAAAUAUCUGGAUCCCCCCCCUCGGAGUUCCCCAUUAUACCGGGGCCGCAGUGCGGUGCCUGUUUCGUUCCGAAAACACGAUCUGGGUGGGAGAUUCCACCAUUCGGCAGGAGUACCACACCCUGCGGUCGUUCCUCGAGGCCGCGAAUCCAGGCAACAUUGAAGCCUCGGAGUUUGUUGAUGGUGCCUUCAAUCCCAACUUGGGCCACAAAAUACCGUUCCUUUUCACCGCGCGGCACGGAGUGUCCGGAUCCGGGGACCGGUGCCUCCGUGUCCGACCAAAGGGCCCCUCGGAGGAUCCGAACGCGACUCUGGCCAUCGCAACCUACAACCAAGAUCCUUCCAAACACUCCGAAGACUGCAUCAGCACGGGACGGAACGACCUGUAUCGCCUCAACUGCUACCGGGAKGGAAUCCAAUGGAUUGACCAGGAUCUCCGCAAACCACASUACAAACACGGACUCCGGUCCUGGUUCUCCCUUGCGAUCAUUUCGCUCGGCGUGUGGGACACCGAUCCGGGGAAUAGGGACAAGUGCGCCUCGCUCGACCGCCUCGAGGAGYUCCUCGGUAAGAUUGAAAAGGAGGUUUCUGGGCCGGACCUCUUUGUGAUCUGGCAGGCCCACGCCCCCGCCUCGUACGAGGGCCCAACCAAUGGCGCGGAGGCACUUUCCCUGGGAAACCGGGCCCGCGCCUGGUUCUUAGAGCACCAGCCCGAGCACAUGGAUUUCAUUGAUCUCGGGAGCAUCCUUGUAGGGGGCAACCGGAGUUUUUGGCCGAACCGGAUCACCGGGGACCACACCGCCCACUACGGGUUUGAGGCGCGGGCCCUGGGGGGCCAGUUGGUGGCUGAUGCGCUGCACCGGAGGCAACAACGGGAUGGGAUCGAUUGCGUUGCGGACCCCGAACGCUGAUGGAUCCACAAGGMUGCCGGCAGGAGGGGCAAAGCGCAACAACC